CGUUCCGGAAUUGUCAGUUUAGAUUUACCUGCUUGUAGGAAAGCCUGUAGGGACAAUUACAUCUAAACCUUUACAUUCAGAAAAUGUCGUCUCCGUGUGGCAAGUGCAACAACUGUCCAUGCGGCACCAGCGGCGGAGCUCCACCCCCUCAGCAGCCGCCCCACCGUCCACCCCCCUCUUACGCUCACCAGCCACAGCAGCAGCCAGACAGCUGUCCCUAUCCGGGUCCCCAGGGGAAAGGAGCAGGCGGCUGCCAAGUCAACUCGACCCAGCCGUCAGGCGAACCCGCAGCAUGCAGCCUGUAUCAGAGCCGAGGAGCCCCCACCGUCGAGUGCACGUGCACCCAAAACCGCAGCCGGCCCCCUCCGCCCUCCGUCCAGGCGGAUCACAUCACGUGCAGCCGGGGUCCGCGGGAGCAGCCGCCUCCCCUAGAGACCCGCUGCACUUGUCGCGAGAAGCCCGCCAAGAUGGAGUGCCACUGUGCCCCGCCGGUGGCCCCGCCCCCUAACCAACAGCAGCAGGCGAUGGCCCAGCCCACCUACGCCAACGUGACCUGUGGCCAGAGCCUGCCCAGAGGUCCGCAGCCCUAUCGCCCACACCAUGGCCACCACAGCCAGAACCAGAACUCCUGCGGUCACUGCCGAUCGCAGAAGAAGCAGAAGAAGUGCGUCAUUCAGUGACGUUGGGGUGGAGCUACAGGAGAACGUUGAGAUCCCAGCAGGCGCUACGGAGCAGGCUACACAGAUUACACCACUCACAACAUGACAGACCUCCCGAAUUUCGGGAUAGCCAAAUUACCAGUUUUGCCCAGAUUUCCGGGUCAAUAAAGCCAAUGUGACCGCUAAUGGGCAAGUAAAACAGA